CCUCGAAAUAAAUCUCACUCUCGUGCGAAACUAUUCGUCAAAACCUUUCAAAACCUCAUAACACCGGUGUUCGAUUGGAUCGUGUUGUCAAUUGAUUAAAAAUAUUAACUGAUAUCUGACAUUAUCAAUAUAUCUCUCUAAUCCGUAUAGAAGUGAAAAUAAAAAAGUCGCGCCCACGCGUUUUACCGAAGUGAGAGGAUCCGGUUAAUUUUUCGAUUGGAGUACAGUAACGGCGAAGUGGCUCAACGUAACUUCGACUUCUCCGUUAGUUUCUUCUCUUUCUCCAUUGAGUUUACAACGUUUUUUCCAAGUGAGAGAUUUCAGUUGAUUUCAGUAUUCGCUGGCUCCUUUUAUUGUGUAUUCACGCUACUCAAUCACUAAAUAAAUGCCCAAAAAAAUCGAAAUAACUUUCGGCUGUUUUUCCUUCGAUUAAUCAUUUCUGUGCAUUUUUUUCAUUCUGUGCAUAAAAUCUAAAAGAAGUGAUAUUUUCUUGUCGAUUUUUUGGGCUUCAAAUUUUGGAGGCAAAUAUCACUCGUUUCGAGUAAUUAAGCAGUAGGGAUGGCAGAAGCCCAUUCAGCUGUUGCUUUCAGCUUUUCCAUAACCCACGAGGGCUGGGAUGUGAAUUUCGAUCGAGAAGUUCUUCACCUAGUUUGGCAGUCUGGUCUAAGAUCGUGGAAAAAACGUUUCUUCAGAUUCCACAAUAAUCUGCGAAGUGGUGUAUAUCCAGCAUCCUUGGGAAGUCUGUGGUUGACAAUAGCUGUAGUAACUGCUAUUCAUUUCGCGGGGUUUAAAGUACCGUUUGAUCUUGUGGGAAAGGUCGCACCGUAUCUCGAAGGGUCGUCGAUACCCGUACACCUGGGGGGAUCAAUAGUCGCGGGAUUUCUUCUAUGGAUAACAACAAUCUACACCCUUCGUUACACUUUCAAGCUAUUGCUCAUUUACAAGGGAUGGAUGUACGAGGCGAGAGGGCGUGGACAGAAAAUCAGUUUGUCCACUCGGGCCUGGGUUCUGGCUGUAAAACUUCUGUCAGGAUGGCAGAAGCCAAUGCUCUACAGUUUUCAAGGUUCACUGCCAAGAUUACCAUUGCCCUCGGUCAAGGACACCAUGCAGAGGUACUUGAGAAGUGCAAGGCCACUUCUUGACGAUGAGAACUACAAAAGAAUGGAGAAACUUGCUAAAGAGUUUGAAGAAGGAAUAGCAGUUAAACUCCAGCGUUACCUAAUUCUCAAGUCUUGGUGGUCGACAAAUUACGUGUCUGAUUGGUGGGAGGAGUACGUUUAUCUCCGUGGAAGAUCACCCAUUAUGGUUAAUUCAAAUUUUUUUGGUAUUGAUGCUAUUAUGACGCAAUCUGUUAGGAAUCAGGCAGCAAGGGCUGCAAGCGUUAUAUACGGUUGUCUUCAGUAUCGCAGAUCCAUCGAGAGACAGGAGUUGGAGCCAAUAAUGCUCCAGGGAAUUGUGCCCCUCUGCUCCUGGCAGUACGAGAGACUUUUUAAUACCACCAGAGUGCCCGGUCUCGAGACUGAUAGAAUUGUUCAUUACAACGAUUCCAAGCACGUUGUUGUUUAUCAUAAGGGAUGUUACUAUAAAGUUCUUAUUUAUUACAAGAAUAGAAUUUUAACUCCGUGCGAGAUUGAACAUCAGAUUCAGUAUAUUCUGGAUCAUAAGGGUGAGCCGCAGAAGGGGGAGGAGAGACUCGGGGCUCUGACAGCUAUUGACAGAACUUCGUGGGCUCAAGCCAGGCAAACCCACUUUGUUAAAGGGGUCAAUAGAAUUUCAUUGGAUCUCAUCGAAAAAUCUGCAUUCUUUGUCGCCCUCGACGAUUAUCCUUACGAGUUCGAUCCGGCGCAUCCAGAAAAACUGGAUAAGUAUGGUCAGGACCUUCUCCAUGGAAAAGGCUAUGACAGAUGGUUCGACAAAUCAUUCAAUCUUUGCGUUGGCAGUAAUGGCCGAAUUGGUUUCAAUGCUGAACAUUCUUGGGCGGACGCAGCUGUGAUGUCACACUUAUGGGAAUUUAUCCUGUAUUGGGAUGUAGCACUGGACAACGUAUAUACUGAGGAUAAUCACACAAUUGGUACACUGGAGUUUGAACUGGUGCCAUCUCGUCUGCAGUGGGAGCUCAGCAGUGAGUGCAUCCAAGUUAUUGAGAAUGCAGUUCAAGCUGCUAAUAAUUUAUUGAAUGACGUCGAUCUACGUAUUUAUCAACACGAUAAUUAUGGCAAGGGCUUCAUGAAAAAGUGCUCAAUGUCUCCGGAUGCCUAUAUUCAAAUGGCAUUGCAGCUCGCUUACUACAGAGAUGCAGGGAGAUUCUCACUUACUUAUGAGGCCUCCAUGACAAGAUUGUUCCGAGAGGGUAGAACUGAGACUGUACGACCUUGCACCAUUGAGUCUGCUACCUGGGUGAAGGCCAUGGAGGACCAGUCAACGAGUGUCGAGGAGAAGUAUAAGCUGUUCAGGCUGGCCAGUCAGCAGCAUCAACGUGGCUACCAGGAUGCCAUGGUUGGAAAAGGCAUUGACAGACAUCUUUUCUGUCUUUACGUCGUCUCUAAAUAUCUGGAGGUGGAUUCACCGUUCCUCAAGGAGGUUCUCAGUGAACCCUGGAAGCUAUCUACCUCGCAAACUCCUCAUGGACAAACCUCGAAAUUAGACUUGAAUAAACAUCCAAAUUGUAUCUCUGCUGGAGGAGGCUUCGGCCCCGUCGCUGAUGAUGGAUAUGGAGUUUCUUAUAUCAUCGCUGGGGAAGAUCUUAUUUUCUUCCAUAUUUCUUGUAAAACUAGUUCACCUGAAACUAAUUCAGGAAGAUUUGCUAAAGCAAUAGAAAAAGCCCUAGCAGACAUAAAAGACCUAGUGGUGAACUACAAGAAUACCGAGUGUAAGAAAAAUGGCUCCAAAUGAUCAUAGGAACUGUAACUUGUAUUAAGAAUUUUUUAUCGCUCUUCAGCAGUCGUUGUGCUAUCGGUGCAAUUUUAAUGCGUCCUUAGGCAACAGAGAGUAGCAAUAGUCAGUGGAAUUGAUAAAUUUUCUUAUCUACCACCGGCACUGAGAUAGGUAAUAUUGCAAUGACUUCUGUAAUUACACAAAGUGGGCUAGCGAUGGCAACUCUUGCCGGAUAACAAGCUAUUAGUUUUUCUUUUUUUUUGUUUAGAAGAAAUUUCUAAUAUCAACUGAACUAUUGUGAGCAACCUAUCAAUGCAAAAUAUUUUAAUUAUUAUAAUUGUAUAUUCAUAUUUUAUAAGUGAAAAGUGGAAAAUUCGAUUUGAGAACUUUCUUUCAGACUAAUUAGACAAAUGUGAAUGCGAUUGGAUUGGAGUAUAUAAUUUGUAUGUGGUAUUUUGGUGCCUGUGAAAAUUUUUACAAGUUAGGUUAAAAAAAUUAUAAGGUAAUUUAGGAGAAUUUUGAAAGAAUUUGCUACGAACUUGUCCUCGAUUUUCACUUUUACUUAUGAUUAAUUAAAAAAUUGUUUGAGAAAGUUAA